AUGCCCCCAGGGCCCAGGAGAAUAAAAUCAGCAGCCUGUCCUGAGGUUGGUGACCAGCUGCCCUCAGACCAGGGAGGUGAGCUCGGAUUCUCAGGGCAGACCCAGCGUCAUCACAAGGGUCCUCAGACAUGCAGAAGGGAGGACUCUGACCUUCUGCAGGAGGUCAGCGUGAAGAGGAGAGCCACUAAGCCCGUGAGUCCGAGCCUGUGUCUGGCGCCCGAGGGCCCGGGAGCCCGUGACCUGCGACAGGAGACGCCAGUGCGUGCCCUCCAGGGCCGGGAGUCAGAUGCUGUCCUUUGCGUGGAGCUAAAGCAUCCUCCUCGACUCUCUCCUGGCGAUUUGUACGGGGUACCUGGGGCCUUGGGACUUGUGUGCAGCCCUCAAAACUGCAUCAGGUCAAAGUGUAAGGGCCUGAUCUGCCAAGAGAGCAUGCAGCAGCCCAGAAGCCUGGUAGAGAGAGGCGGGGAACGCUGCUCUUUUCCAGAAUCUUUUCUGCUCUUGCCCUUCACCCUUGCUGACCAAGCUGCACUGCCUGCAUUUGGGUUUCGGUAG